ACAACGGAGAAGGAAAACCUGCCCUGCCCACAGAGCACGGUGCUUCCAGCCCUCUGUUUUUCAGCUGCAACCCCACCCCAACUGCAGAAGGUUCCCACUGACUGCAGGAAAGGGAGGUCACAGCAAUCCGUGGAUGCACACAGAGGUUCUCACUGCCACUCACGGACAGCGUGAUUCACUCCAGAAAGAAAAGCAAAAGGAAAAGAAGGAACCCUCAGUGUGACAACCAACAGCACAGCACGCAUAAGGUGUGUCCUGAGCCUUGGGGAAACAGCAGGCAGGGAGCAGGGCAGUGGGCAGCACUGCAUGGCAGCAACUCGGGGAGAGCGCACGGCCAGCGCCUGGCUGCAGACUGUACAGCAAAGCUGACAACAACAUGCCAUCCCCAAUUACUGCAGCCCUCCACCUCCUGUAUCUACUGGCCACAUGCAUCCAGAUGCCUCCAGCCUCAGGCUUUGAGCCGUUCACCCAACACUCUAACGUGUCUCUGUUUCUCCCACAGACUGGCAGGGAGGUAGCAGAGGAAAGCUUCCAGGGGCAGAAGCAAAAUGUGCUUAUUUUCAACCUUCCACCCCUGGACUAUGCCAUUGACAUUGAAGUGAGCCUUACCAAUUCAUCCUUCCUGGAGCCAAUCAGGGAGUAUUUCAGAAGCUUCAGUCUUCAAGUUUCAAGCAAUAUUUCAGAUGGAGAAAUGACAGUUUCAAGUAUCAAUGUUACAACAGUCUGUGUGUCCAGUGAGAACAAGAGCUGCUGUUCCUGUGAAAGCGGAUAUGCCUGGCCCAGCACAGGGUGCAGUGACCUGAUAAGCUGCCCUUCUUCCAGCUUGGCUCCCAACCAGCCUUGUGGCUACAUCAAGGAAAGACCUUUCUGUGGGCCCUACUGUGAGCCUCAGAAUGGAGACUCAUGUGGUAUGGGAAAGCCCACUGUAAUGAAUAUGUCAGUAAGACUUGACACAGCCUUCCACGAUGACCUCAGGAAUCCUUCUUCAGAACUGUACAAAAAAUACAAAGCUGACCUCGAUAAAGUGUUUAGUGCUAGCUACGGAUGCUUACCGGGCUUUGUGUCAGCAACAACAACAGGUUUCAGGCCUGGGAGUGUUGAUGUGAGCUACACAGUGGAGGCAGGAUCCGCGAGCUUCCACCAGCUGGAGCAUUCCAGCAGACUUGCAGCACAGUACGUGUAUGAAACAUUCAACAUACCGACUACCUCCUUCACUGCAAAUAUGAUGAAUCACGUAAACUUCACAGUGAGUCCUGCCCACAUUUUUGAAGGGGAUACCAUCCAGCUGAUGUGUGAGACAAACGCCAUGACUGAGAACACGACCUGGUCUCAUGGCAGUCAGAUCAUCCUGAACAGCUCACGGCACUCCAUGAAGACAGACAGUAACGCUGCGAUGUCACAGGCGGUUCUUACCAUUACCAACGUUACGCAGGAGGAUUCUGGUACCUACACAUGCACUUUUGCAAACAGAUACCUGUCUUUAAAUCUGAUAAACAAAAGCACAGAGGAAAUACAAAUCUCUCCACUACGCAUCAUCUCACACUCAAACAACUAUAAAGUUAUCUGCAACAGCCCUGAGAUACAGGCAAACAGCCCUGUGCUGUUCUGUUGCAUUGACAGACAAUUGCCACUGCUUACCGGUGAAUGGAAGGUGAACGGAGCGAUCAGUAUCACAGGAGUUCCCAGUUUCAGCAGCAACUGCAGUGAAUACAGGCUCAAUGUGACGGACUCGCUGUGCUUGGCCAAUCAGUCGGGUACGGUGACAACAUACACGUGUGAGCUGCAGACAGGGCACGGUGCCCGGAGCAGCCAGGACAUCCAAGUGAUGUACUUCAGAGAAGCACAGGUAAAAAUAUCUUCCAGUGUAAACACAUCAGUUUCUGUGGGAUAUGGCUUCAGUCUAAAGUGUGAAAGUGAUGUGAGCAAUUAUGACAGCAUCAGCUGGGAAAUCCAUUCUGGAGGUAAAAUACAAGCAGUAGAAUGUGCUACAUGCAUUAGAACCAACAAAUCCACAGCCACGUCCACGCUCAUGGUGAACACUGCCACUCUAGACUGGAAUGGCACGUAUGUCUGCACAUUCUCCCAGGACUCCCUGAACAGUUCUGCUAACAUGACCAUCCAUGUGAUUCCCUUGCCGCUGAAGCAGCACAUCCGGAUAGACCCCAUUAAAGCUCCUAUCAUGUGCGGAACGACCCAAGCCCUCAACUGCUGCAUAAGUGCUAACAACAUGGAAAACUAUGAAGUUACAUUUGUGGUGCAAGAAAAAGAAUUUCAAGCUGAAAAAAAGGAGCAAGGAAAUUUCUUGUGCUAUUCGUACAAUUACACAGAGUCAGAAUGCAGGGAGAAGGAGCUGGAGGCGUACUGCAAGUUUGUGAACAGCAUUGGGCAGGAGGUCAACAGCGAGAGGAUACAGCUGAGCCCUAUACCUGAUAAGAACAGCAUUUCCUGCUCAGCAAAUAAUACUCUUGGAAGGGAAGGAGACAGAUUAAUAAAGCCGUGCUCUUUUUUAAAUACUACUUUUAUCCGAGGCUGCACAGUUUACAAGUGCUGCAGCAAGUCAUGGCAGAUGGAAAAGAAUGACUGCGUGUCCGAACAGAUAAACAACCUGCUGCUCACUGCAGAGUCCUUGGUCAACAGUCCCCAUGCAAAAGUUGAUCUACCUACGUUCCUUCAGUACCUGAAGAACGAGACAGUACUGCUGCAAAAUGACAAUUCUUCUGCAGACCUCGCUGCGAUUGUUACCAUCCUCUACAACGUCUCUUCUAUUCCGGUGGAAGCAAAGACAUCCACUGUCAUUGAUUACUUCACUACAGUGGACGUUAUUGUUGCUGAUUCCAAAAAGGAUCUUUGGGCUGACCUGAAUCAAGGGCAGAUACCUGAAAGUUCUUUGUUACUGAACGCAGUGGAGAGAUUUUCUGAGAGCCUCCAACCGGUUAAUAAUACCAUUCCACAUCUGUUCACUGAAACCCUUGAGCUGCAAGGUAUGGUUGUCACAGAUCAUAGCCCCGCAGACUACAAUAAGGACUUCAGCCGCCUAGGAAACCUCACAGUGAAUGUGCUGAUUGAUAAAAUUGAGACUCUGCCUCUAAAUUCAACCAUUGUCAGUGUGGCCUACUCAGCACUUGGUCAUAUUUUGCCUGUGACUGAUAACAGGUAUGUGAACAGUUUAGUGGUAUCAACAGCUCUGAGUUGUGAGGGAAACCAGAACUUCCAUAUUAAUAUGACCUUUCAGAAAGAAAACCAAUCUCUGAAGAUGCCGAAAUGUGUCUUUUGGGACUUCAACCUCAACAACAGUAGAGGAGGCUGGGAUACUCAUGGUUGCACACUGACAGAGGAUGAAGGCAAUGUCAUUUGUUCCUGCAAUCACUUGACACCAUUCUCCAUUCUGAUGUCACCAGAUGGACCUGCCCACAAUUCUGCUGAAGAUUACAUUACCCACAUUGGCCUGGCCAUUUCAAUCAUGAGUUUAGUGAUUUGCAUUGUAAUUGAAUCCUUAGUUUGGAAAACUGUGACAAACAACACAACCUCCUACAUGCGUCACGUCUGUAUUCUCAACACAGCCAUAUCUCUUCUAAUUGCUGACAUUUGGUUCGUUGUCACUGCCUCCAUCAAUGAACGCAACAUGCAGAGAAGAAGAGAUCUCUGUAUUGCAGCCACAUUCUUAAUCCAUUUAUUCUACCUGUGUGGCUUCUUCUGGAUGCUUAGCCUUGGCCUCAUCCUUUUUUACAGACUAGUCUUCAUCUUACAUAUCACAAGCAAGACAUCUCAGAAAGCAGUGGUGUUCUGCCUGGGUUAUGGGUGCCCCUUUGUGUUUGCAGUCACCACCAUUGCUGUCACACUGCCAUGGGACACGUACACCAGAAAGAAUGUCUGCUGGCUCAACUGGGAGGACAGCAAGGCUCUCUUGGCCUUUGUCGUACCCGCCCUGGCUAUCGUGGCCAUGAAUUUGUUCAUCACUGCAGUUGUGAUAAUAAAAAUACUAAGGCCAAACAUUGGGGACAGGACAAACAAGGAAGAGAGGAAGACCUUGUUUCAAAUUUGCAAAAGUCUCGUCAUCUUGACACCGCUGUUAGGCCUCACCUGGGGAUUUGGUCUUGCCACCAUGAUUAAAAAAAGCCACCAAGCUUUCCACAUCCUCUUUGCUCUGCUCAACGUUUUGCAGGGGUUAUUCAUUUUGGUGUUUGGGACUCUAUGGGACAACAAGAUAAAAGAAGCCCUGCUGAAGAGGAAUUCACUGUCCAGAUGGAGCUCACAACAAACAAAGUCAACUUCCCUGAUCCUGGUGACGCCGAUGUUUUCCAUGAGCUAUCCAUUUGCAAGGACAUUCAACAACUUAUGUGGCAAAACAGGAAAAUACACAGUGUCUUCUUCAGAGCCAUCCAGCGCUUCCACAGAGAACACCUCCAAGUCAGAUUCUAUGCUCAACUGAAGCACAGCAAACGAUAAACCAUUUAACUAUGAAGGGAACUCUGCCCUGUCCAUGAUACACACAAAAAGCAUCUGUGAGUCAAGCAGUGGGCUGCUUCCCAUUGACCAAACUGUGCCUGAGCACAUUCUUCUGGACCAACCUGCUCUGGUUACCAUGUAAGGCAGGGAAGCUUUGUGAGGUGGAAUUUGACAGGUGUUGUCAAUACCAGAAGAGAUAAGAGAAGUUUUGGACUUGGAUGGAUUUGAAGACCUUCAAGCGCUAAUGAAGCCACUGAAGAAUUCUCAGCCUUUGAGAGGGUGCUUAGCUCUAUGCAGUACUGAGCCAUGAAUCACAGUGCUAUCCACAACUGUUGUCAUAGUAUUUCCCCUAUCAAAUCCCAGGUGAUUCCAAAGGGCUGUGCAGAUAAACAAGUACCUCAGUGCCUCCCACCUGCCCUUCUCUUAGAGCCUGGAAAGGCCGUGUUAAAGGCUUCUUGGAACCAAAGACUGACAACCAAGACAGUCCAUUUCAGAUCGUCACUUUUGACCCAGAAGAAAAACUGAAGACCAGGAGGAUUUCUGAGGGGUUUCUUUCAGAUAGAAUGUACUGGAAGCUCCAUGUAGCACUUUCUGAAGAAGAGGAAGCUUUAUAUCUUUAACUAUAAUUGUUUCUCCUUGGUAUGUAAUAUAGUAAGAAAAAGAGGGUUGCUGCCCUCUACUAUAGAAGAAGCUGCAAUUAUUUAUUGUUACAUACACAGGGAGUCUCUUGUAUAGCCUGUACAUUUAGGUCUCCUUCCAGAGAAGAAUCACACUGGGAGGGCUCAGAGAGUCAGUUCUGCAAUGAACAUAAACCAGCACGUGCCAGGCAGGGUGAAAGGUUUUGCAUCAAUUAUUGUUCUGUGAUUACAUUUGUGGAAUCAGUGAUUUCCAAGGCUGUGUGCCUUCACAAGGCAGGACUCCUAUUUCAAGCAGAGGGCUAUGAAAAAGCCUGCAGAAUACUUGUAGCACAUCAAAUGUUACACAUCACAAUGCAUGGAGACUUAAAUUUGAGGCCAAUACCAAGUAAGACUGUCAGGUACAGCCCCUUCUGGUUCCUGGGGAAUCAGGACUACGUUUACUGGUGGUAAACUUGUUCCCAGGACUUUGGAAUGGACCAGGAUGGGAAACUGUUGCCUACUCUUCAAGGCACGUGUGAUGGUUUGGUAGGGGCAGAUGGUGAUGAAUGCAGACAAUAAAUGAGCAUCAAUCAAGUGUAUUAUUUAUA